AUGACGCCUCCUGCGUAUACAGCGAUGCCGCUAAGCCUGGUGUCUCCAGGUAUCCAGGUCGAGUUCCACGGCGAUGCCGAUGCGAAACCCGCUCCGAUAUACUCCCGUUCGGCCCCUCCAGACGUACAAAGCUUCCCAAGUCCGAUGAGACACCACCGGAGGACGCCCUCACAACAUCGCGAGAUCAAGGAAACCCUCAACGCGCGAUCCGAGUAUACUAAUGAGGACUCGGAGGGACACUCUCAGCGUCGCAUCAACCAAUACAUCAUCAAGGAGGAGAUAGGCCACGGCUCAUACGGCGCCGUUCACCUGGCCACCGACCAGUUUGGAAAAGAAUAUGCCGUCAAGGCGUUUUCCAAAGCACGGCUCAGGAGACGAGCCCAGUCCUAUAUCCUCCGCCAUGGGCCACGGCAACUUGGUCGCUUUCCUCGGGCCGGCUUCGGCGCUCCAGAUGCCCCUAUCAUGGGUUUUGCUGAUCAACGAGCUAAGGAGGAGAAGGAUGCCCUCUAUUUGAUCCGCGAGGAGGUUGCGAUAAUGAAGAAGUUGAACCACCCCAAUCUUGUACAGCUGUACGAGGUCCUGGACGACCCGGAGGAGGAUACCCUGUACAUGGUCCUCGAGAUGUGCAAAAAAGGCGUUGUUAUGAAGGUAGGCAUCGGCGAGUCCGCAACACCCUAUCCCGAAGAAACUUGCCGUCAUUUCUUCCGCGAUCUCAUUCUCGGCAUCGAGUACCUGCACUCGCAAGGAGUGGUCCAUCGCGACAUCAAGCCCGACAAUCUCCUGCUCACCGACGACGACGUCUUGAAGAUUGCCGAUUUCGGCGUGUCUGAGAUGUUUGAAAAGUCCAACGACAUGAGAACGGCCAAGUCGGCUGGCUCGCCGGCAUUUCUUCCCCCCGAACUUUGCGUAGCAAGACACGGGGAUGUGUCGGGCAAGGCGGCAGACAUCUGGUCAAUGGGUGUGUCUCUGUACUGCCUUCGCUACGGGAGGGUACCUUUCGAGCGAGGCGGUGUGCUAGAUAUAUACAAAGCCAUAACGACCGAGACCCCCAAGUUAACCCCUGACGAGAAUCCAGACUUUGUCAACAUAAUAGGGGCGCUCCUGGAGAAAAACCCGGGGAGGCGGAUAACGAUGGAGGAGCUCAGGGAACAUCCCUGGGUGACAAAGGGAGGUACAGACCCUUUACUCAGUGCUGAAGAGAACUGCUCCGAGCCGGUUGAACCGCCUAACCCUCUCGAACUGAACCACGCGUUCACUCGCAGGAUGACUCACCUAAUCUGCGUGAUGAAAGCAAUAAACAAGUUCAAGAGCCUCCUCAGCCCUCGACCGCACGUCAGCCAGAAGGACAGCCGACGUCACGCAACUGCUCCGGCGCCACUCUCCCCACCACCAGAACAGAAGGCUCCCGAAGAACAAUCUACAGCAGAAUUCGCCGCCCGCGUCCUUCGCGAGCGCCAAGAGUUCCUCGCGAAGGGUGGGAAAGCAAGCUUCGACCAGCUUCUCCAACCAGCCGCCUCCUCCAACUUCACGGCCCCCAGCACUACGGCAGCAAGAACCGGGGACCAACAACAACCUCCCACCCUCCUUGGCAUCGGAACGGGUGGAAUCGACGACUUCUCCACCGCCGAGCAAGCCCCCGCAGCAGAUAUCGUCUCCGACUCGCCCACUGCUGUGGACUUUAGUGUCUAUGACCGGGCAUUCGAGGCCGAGGUUGAGCGGAUCAAGAGGUCCACGAGUAGGAGGAGGCCAGGCGUGGCAGGGGCAGGGCCAGGGGCAGGGGGAAGAGACGCAGGCGCGGGAGCUGGGCCGAUCUACCAGACGAGGGUUCGUGAAAGGGGAGGCGGCGGUGUGUUUCCGUUACAGGCCGACGAGAAUUUGAGGAUGAAUAACCCCUGGGCCUUUGCAGCUGCCGUGGCUGGGAUGAAACAGAGGGAGCAGCAGCAGCAGAGGGCGGGGGUGGGGAUGAGGUUUGCUGAGUUGGUUGCGAAGGCAAUGGAGGGGGCUAAGGAGGCGAAGGGGGGGAGUGGUGAGGGGGCUGCUGCGGAGGGGGGUGGUGGUGGUGAUCACGUUUAG